CGGGGUUAUACCCCUGGGGGGGGGGCGCGUGCAGUGCGGCCGGGGGUCCAGCACAGUCGGGAUGGGCAGGCUCGGCAGCGCCGGGCUUGGGAGGGGCGGAGCCCCGGAGCCAGGCUGAAGAAAGAGCCGGUUUCCUUUUCCUUUUCCUGACUUUGAGGCAUCGCUACGGGUUUUCUUUUCGGUUUCCAUUUCUUGUGACUAAACCAAGAAAGCGAAAGUUCCCCCGGGGCGAACAUCUAUUUAAAUCCCAGGCUGAGAGGCAGAGGGAGCGAUCUCCCAACAGCCGCCGCAGCUCCGGGCAAGCCCAGGUCUCCAGUCGCCCCAGCCCAGCCAGCUCUCGCCUGCAGACAUGAGUGAGGCGCCCAAAGACUCUCUGGAGGCCGCCCUGAAGCAGCUGAGCUGUCCCUUUACGUGGCAUUUAUUCGAGGAGGAGCCCACGCUCAAGAACCUGGAGGAGAAGAUCUCGAACGGGCUGGGGUUUUCCUGCCCGCAGACCGGAGCGUCGGGCCACAACCUCCUGGCCUACCUGAAGCACCUGCAGGGGUGCGACGAGGAGGCCCUGAGCUGCCUCCGGCGAGCGGAGGAGCUGACGCGGCAGGAGCACCCGGGCCAGGCCGACGCCAGGAACCUGGUCACGUGGGGCAGCUACGCCUGGCUCUACUACCGCCUGGGCCGGCGGAAGGAGUCGCGGGCCUACUUGGACAAGGUGGCGCAGACGUGCGGGAGGCUGGCCAGCCCCUACAGAAUCGACUGUCCGGAGAUGGACUGCGAGGAGGGCUGGGCCAGGCUCAAGUGCGGCGGUCCCCACGCGGAACGCGCCAAGGCCUGUUUCGAGCGGGCCUUGGAGAGGGAUCCGAGCCGUCUGGAGCUUCAGGUGGGCCGCGCCGUUGCCACCUGUGUCCAGGAGGAGGCCAGGGCCUGGAAGAACCAGUCUCCGGACCUCCUGAGGCAGGCCCUCGCGCUGGAUCCUGGCAACGAUUACCUCAAGGUGGUCCUGGCCUUGAAACUCCAGAAAAUGAAAGACGAGGCGGAGGGAGAAAAGUUAGUGGAAGAAGCCUUGGCAGGAGCCCCGUCUGUGGGCGUCUUGCGGCUGGCCGCCAAAUUCUACCGGAAGCGCGGGUCCAUGGACAAGGCCCUGGAAGUCUUUAAGGAGGUGAUGGAGCGCCAGCCCCCCACCAGCUCGCUCUACCACCAGAUUGGCUGCUGCUACCGGACCCUGGCCAACCAACUCCUGCAACAGCCCAAGGUCGCUGGGACCCGAGAGAAGGUGCUGGAGCUGAGGAACCUGGCCCUGGAGUACUUGGAGAAAGCCGUGGGGGAGAGCGGCUGCUACCCCAACAUGUACUCCGACCUCGCUUCCAUGUACGCCGCGCUCGGCCAGCAGGAGAAGGCGGAAGCCAUCUUCCAGAAGGUGCUGAGGAUGGGGCACCUCACGGACGGGGAGAAACAGCAGCUCCACCAGCGUUAUGGGAGCUUCCAGGAGAUUUUCCGGGGCCAGGAGGACGUCGCCAUCCACCAUUAUCUGGAAGGUGUGAAGAUAAAAGAAAAAUCCAUGGAAUAUGAGAAAAUAAUGUCCAAGCUGCACGAGUUGGCGGCUCACCAGGGAGACCGGAAGCCGUCCUCCUUGCAGGGCUGGCGGCUGCUGGGCUUCUUGGCCAAGCAGAAGGAGGAGGAGCAGCUGGCCAUGGAGCAUUACGAGAAGGCUCUGGGCAUUCUGCUCCAGCACUUCCCCUCAGGCAUCGGGAGUCUCUUUCCCGUGCCUCCCCCUCCGGAAGCAGAGAGAGUGCCCGGUGACCAAGAGGCGAACGCUGCCGACCCAGACGGAGGGGUGUCCGGCCCCCCCUCCCGAGGCUCUCCCGAGGGGACUGACAUUGCACUCCUUCGUGAAGGAUGACGAUCAGGAAGACUGAGGGCCCGGACGAUCAGCGCCAUCGGGGUGUGAUGGACCAGACCGCUGGCCGGGCGCUGACCGCUGGCUUCUGGGCGGACUGGUCCCAGCCACAGGCUGUCAUUUUCUUGGUGACUUGAGGGCCCUUGGGCUGCCAUGGAUUUCUUCAUUUUCUCCGCUCCCACCCCGGUGCCAUCGGCACAUGGCUCCGAAUCUGUAUGGCCUUAUCCAGCCCAGCGUUUGAGCAACCUCCCAGUGUGAGUUAUUUAUUCCUCGGCAGCCCUUCAUCGCACCUUCCUCCGGCAGCCCUCUGGCCUGUGUCCACAAGCUGCUCGUGCUGCUUCUGCUCAUCUUCCUCCUCUGGGCUCACCUGCCUCCCCGUACCCGGAAGCCCACACUUCUCAUUUCCUGUCCUUAUGGCCCAGCAGCCGGAGAGAGCUUCCUUCCCCUAAGUCCUGACCAGCCCUUAUCCACAGCUCUCCCGUCCCUCUGGUUUGCUCAGUGCUGUUCACCUAAAGUUCUCCCCUCCUGUUCCCAAUCUCCACUCCUUAGGGCAGUGCAAGUACACAGUAGAUGAUUAAUAAAUGCUUGUUGAUUGACAA